UAAUGAGUGACUAAUUCAAAAAUGAUAUAGAAAGAAUCCAGAAGCUUAUUGUUUCAAUCAAAUAGGAUAUGAAUAAAAGGGAAUAAAAAUAGAAAGGAGGAUAACAGAUAACAAUGAUCGAAGGGGAAAUUAGAGGAUAAUUAGCAAGCUUGGGUAAUUCAGUUUAGAAAGGCAUUAAUAGAUCGUGAAUUGGUGUUAAUUGCAGAUGUUUUGAAAUAUCAAGAAAACAAUUAGAUGUAAAAGGAAAAUGAGAAAAGAAAAAAUCAGAUAUAAGAAUUGAAAAAUCAAAGAGAUUUAAUUAAGGAAUAAUUUAAUAAAGCUGUUACAGAAACUAAAUAAGAAGUGGCAAUGUAAAAUCUUUAAAGAGAUGAUGCAAAGCUAGCUGCUAUGAAUAAUUAAGAGCUCUACAAAAACCAAAAAGAUUUACAACUUCAAUAAGAUAAAUUAUUGGAUAGAACCAAUGAUUAGGUAUGAUUAUUUAGAAAUUUAAUAGACCGAUUAAUUAAAAUAAUAAGGCAAACAAAUUAAUUUAACAAUUGAUGAGUAAAAUAAAUAGCUAGAUAAAUUAAACAUCGAGGUGGAUAAGACAAAUUAGUACAUGAUAAAUACAAAUAAUAAGUUAGUUAAAUUGAUAGCUAAUUCCUCAAACUGUGGAUUAAUAAUUACUAUAGUAGUAGAAGUAGUUAUUUUUGCUGUUUUGCUAUGGUGGGCAUUAUCAUCAUGAUAUAAUAUC